AUGAACCUGCUGUCGCUGGCGGCGCUCGUCGCGCUGCUGCUGCUGCUGCUGCAGAGCGCGGCGCCCUUCCGCGCGCCGGCGGGCGACCGGCCGCGCCUCACGCGCGUCGUGCGCGUCAGGCAGGGCGCGCUGCGCGGCGUGGUGCGCCAGGCGACGCGCAGCGAGAACCUGCAGGCCGUCGAGGCGUUCCUGGGCGUGCCGUACGCGGCGCCGCCCGUCGGCUCGCAGCGCCUCAUGCCGCCGCGCUCGCCGCCGGCGUGGGACCGCGGCGAGGUGCGCCUGGCCGACCGCUUCGGCCGCGUGUGCCCGCAGGCGCUGCCCGACAUCGCGGCGGCGCGCGGCCGCUCCAUGUCCGAGGCGCGCUACCAGUACCUCAGCCGGCUGUUCCGCCACCUGCAGGACCAGAGCGAGGACUGCCUCUUCCUCAACAUCUACGCGCCGGCGCAGGAGAGCGGGUGGCUGCGACGCAAGUACCCCGUCAUCGUGUUCAUCCACGGCGAGUCCUACGAGUGGAACUCGGGCAACCCCUACGACGGCUCCGUGCUGGCCAGCUACGGCCUGGUGGUCGUAGUCACCAUCAACUACCGCCUGGGCAUCCUGGGCUUCCUGCGGCCGAGCGUGGAGGCCAACACGCUCAGCAACUUCGGUCUGCUGGACCAGAUCGCGGCCUUGCAGUGGGUGCAGGACAACAUCGAGGAGUUCGGCGGCGACCCGCGCCUCGUCACGCUCAUGGGCCACGGCACCGGAGCGGCCUGCGUCAACCUGCUGCUGGUGUCGCCCGUGUCGUCGCGCUCCGGGCACGACCUGUUCCAGCGCGCCGUCAUGAUGAGCGGCUCGGCGCUGGCCGACUGGGCACUCACCACCAACCCCAUCCAGACGACGGCUCAGGUGGCACAGGCGCUCAACUGCCCGCUGGCCGAGAGCGAGAUGGCGCCCUGCCUGCGGCGCAAGCGGCUGUCCGAGCUGAUGGCGGCGCGCGUCGAGGCGCGGCCCUUCCAGACGCUCUUCGGGCCCGUCGUCGACGGCAGCGUCGUGGUCAACGACCCGGAGCAGCUCAUGAGCGUGUACCCGGACCAGUUCAGCAAGUACGACCUGCUGUACGGCGUCACCGAGCUGGAGAGCUACCACCUGCUGGGCGGCGUGGCGCUCAGCUACGGCGUGCUGGAGCGCGAGCGCGACCAGCUGCUGCACGCCUACUUCCAGGACAAGUUCCAGUUCCGGCCCGACGUGGCGCUGGCCGAGACGCUCAAGGAGUACACCGACUGGCGGCGGUCGCAGUCGCGCCCCGCCGCCGAGGGCCACCGCGACGUGCUGCUCGACGUGCUGAGCGACGCGCGCGUCGCGGCGCCGCUGGUGCGCGCCGCCGGCUUCCACUCGGGCGCCAACCCCCGGUCCUACUUCUACGUGUUCACGCACCGCAGCCUGUUCGGCGACUUCGCGGACGAGAGGCAGCACAGGAGCAUCCACGGAGAGGAGCUGCCCUACGUGUUCGGGGUGCCCGUGGACGGCGACGACUCGCACUUCCACCAGGCGUACAACCUGUCGGAGAACCUCUUCUCCGAGGCCGUCAUGACCUUCUGGACCAACUUCGCGCACACCGGGAAUCCAAAUGCCCCAAAGAGAUUAUCCUACCUUACACACAGCAAGAAAGAGUGGGAACAGUACGACAUAGACUGGCCCGAAUACGACGUAAAAAACCAGUCAUACAUCACUCUAGGCAUCCCGCCCAAAAUUGGGCACCACUACAGGAAGAAAACUAUAAGUUUCUGGAACGAGGUGCUCCCGAAGUUGCUAGAGAGUCCAGGAGGCCAAGACAACAAUCCCACGGCUUCUAUUCCCGAGCCGGGCUACGAAGCGCCCAAACAACCACCGGAUCCUCCUUCUAAGUUUAAACCAAGCACUCGCCGGCAACCUGGUCCACCUACGGGUAGCGACUUUUUCGAGAACUUUUCCAAGCCUGAGGUUAAACCAAGUAACUGGAAUGGCGAGCCUUCCGAAGAUGAUUCUACGAGGCGAGCAGAAGGUAAUAACAACAAGAUUAUAUCUCAUCCCACAGAUGAAUCUCAUUUCCCAGAAGAAGGAAAAUCCAAUCAGCAGGAAAUGCCGCAAAAUAAGGAUAAGCAAUCGUCUGAUUCGUCUGUGAUGGCAAUGGGUAUAGUAAUUGUUGUGGGCGUGGUUUUCCUUCUCGUUAACCUUAGCGCAUGCAUAGCGCUCUACUAUCAGACACACCGCUUGAAAGCUCAAGAGGAUAUCAUUAGGAGGCGUUAUGAGGAUGCAGACGAAGAAGAAUAUGGCACAAGAAGAAGAGUUCUUGCUCUCGAAGAGGCUCCUCGGCCAAAGCAAGAGCCAAAUGAGCCAACAGAGGGCGUCUAUGAGGCAGUAAGUGGGAAGAAAGCUCAGCAAAGUGAAGCAGAUAUCACUGCCAAGAGAUGGAGACUUUCUCGCCAAUGUAGUGCUAGCACAAUGGAUCCGCACACAAAAGUACGCGAGUGGAUAGCGCAUGAGAUUGUACAGAGGUGCUCUCCACGCUUCCUCAGGAAGACUAGGCUGCAUCAUCAACACCAGCAAGUAAGCUUCGAAGAUCAAAUGCCACCAUCGAUAAGCACAGAGAGCCACCCAACAGCCACAACAUCGAAGCAUGGUGCGGGUACAAGCUCCCAGAGAAGUAGAGCAGCGAAAAAAGUGUCUGUAGCUGUUGACGCUACUCCGUCGGCCCGAACACCAAGUAUUCUGAAACAAACUCCCAUUGAAGUAAGUAAGUCUCUCGAUCAGCUUGGUGCUGCAAAGUGUAUAUCAACAUCAAUGCUGACUUUGGCCAAGAAACCGUCUCUCAAAAGGUGUGCAACAGCCGGUGAGAACCUCGCUGUUGCAUCAACAUCAUCAACAAUGGCUGGCUCUUCUCCUAGGGAGAUAAUUCGUCGGAGCUCCAGCAUCAACUUCAAAGUUUAUACACCUCCUCUUCAAUUCCAAACCCCGGAAACAGUCACAAUCGAACAUCACCAUUCCAGGUCAGAUCCCGAUAAACAAACGAGUUCUUAUUGCUCUCAGGUAGACGAGAGAAAAAUGUGUUCGGCUGGUGAAUUAGCAGCAAUUCACUUAGACAGCAAAGGACAUUCAUCAAGUGAUAAAUUUUCUCUUUCCAGUAGUCAACUUCACACAUUUUACCCUAGCACUACAACGAAACACAGCAUUCUCAAGAAUAGAAGAGAUGCUGAGGUGACAGCAUCACCUACAAGUAACCUCCCUGUAAACAUUAAUGUGACCUCGAGGGAUAGCACGGAAGAUAACGAAAUUUUUUCGUCCACCGAUAGGCUAGCAACGAUUCAGAAAAGAAAAUUUCCCAAAGUUUUGCCAGACUUUCCGCUUGAUCAGGAAGACACUCCCCAUCAGGUUAGAGAGUUGACUCCUGUCCAGGCGGUUGCCGCGAAGAGGCGGUCACUGCCGAUAUCUGGCAACCUUCAGCUGGGCCUGCCACUGGGUGAGUCCGGGUCAGUGUCGCAACCCACCACGCCCACGUCAGGCUCCCACAAAGACAUACAGACGCAGACCACGAACGGGCGGGUGCCCCCUCCACCUCCGCCGAGGGUGUCGUCGACAUUGGGAAGGAAGCCGAGCAACAACUCAUCUCCCAUCAUCCCGCUGACGAUAGAAGAAACGGUCCAGAUCAGAGAAGGCGUCCAGACUCCGUCUUCCCCUGCGUCCUCCACGGCGUCUCACGUGUCGAGACCCGAGCCCAAGGUCAUCAUCAAGCCGAACACCUCGGCCAGGAAGACGCCUGGGAACCAGAACAUUCCUCGAGUUACACCCAGAACCAAUGACUAUCCCCUGAAGCCACCUCACCCAACGACCCCGGUGCAAGAACCCCCAGCAAGGACGCAGGUGUUGGAGAGGAAGGUCCCUCAGGCCGGCUCCUCUGCGUCUGUUCCGGUGCCUGUUCCGAAAGUGCCCGCGGCCGUCUCGUCGAAGAAAGGGCCCGCGGCGGCGAAGGCUUCCAAGAAGUCGUCGGGGACGUCCACGGACGAGUCGGGCUCGAACACGGGCACCGUGAAGCGAGGCAAAAAGCCGUCGGACGGUAAAGGAGGCGGGAGCUCCCAGGGUGGCGGCGGGAAGCCGUGGUAUGCGCAGUACAGCCAGUCGUUCCUUUCGCGGUCCAAGGAAGAGGGUUGAGUGUUCUUCUUGCUUCUCUCCGAGUUGAAAAAACAGCUUGUUUUUGUUGGUGUUUGGUCAUUCUUGAAGCCACUCCGCUGCUGUAGAUGUUCCUAUGAACUAAGCAAUGGAACAGUUAGAGGAAUCUUUCUGUAACUUGAUUACUUCUGAUUCUAUUAAAUACCACCGAAAACUUUGCAGGAGAAUGCUGUUUAUAAAACAUUAUAACACGUAAAUAAUUAAUAUUUUUAUUAGUUAAUAAUACAAAUGUUACAUAAUUUUUUUUUUUUUAAAUCAAAGAUGUGAUACCAAAUAAAAAAAACUCAAAAUAUUAAAUAGACACAAACAGAAAAUAAAACCUGUAUCCUCUACAAACACAAAAUAUGUUUUGAACAAAUCAUUAAAUGUUUUAAUCUAAAAAAA